AUGGCUGCUGUCAGUGGACAACGCCUGGCAAAUCUAACAAAGGGGACACUCACAAAAAUUCGCAUUGAUCAAAGCUUUGACCAUUUCUAUGCUAAUGUUGCCCGCAAGAGUGAGGGCCUGCUUGGCGAACCAACGCUUCCAAGAAAACGACACACUCCGGCCAGACUGAAGGUUGGUGCACCAAGCUAUCCCCAAACUGCUAAAGAUCACUUUGUGCGGGCCUGUUAUGAGGCUAUUGAUCUUAUCGUCAGGGCUAUCUAUCAGAGUGUUAAUCAGGAAAGCUUCAGCUCUUCAGCCCAGAUGGAGACCCUCUUGCUUAAAGCUGCUAAUAUGAGGCAGAGUUCAGUUUCUUGAAGCCGAAGCAUAAUGCAGGGAAGAUGUUGCGAUACAGGGGCGCUACCUAGGCAACUAAGUACUACGCAAGAAGGAGAAGAUAUCAUAUUUUGACGAAAUCCUGUUGGCGGUGUUAAAGUUUCCAGAGCCAGAAAAGAAGCUAAUUCAGGAAGUCAGUUAA